GCGUGAACAGAAACAAACAUGGCGCCGCGAAAGUGAGGAAAAGUCUUCUGUUAGUUUGGGGUCCAAGCUCGUGCCAUCCUGUCACACAGACCCGCAGGACAGAUGAGAGGAAGAAGAGGACAAUUAUCAUCAUCAGAGUUUCUCAGGAGCAGCCCAGAAUGGCUCGGAGGAAGCAAGUACUCAAGGAUGCCAGCGACAUUCCCACUGGAAGCCAACAGAUUGACGAAAACUCACAGGAGGACGAAGCUCUCGAUAACCAAGAUGAGACUGACGAGCUCUCACUAUCACUUCUGACGUCAACAAGAGAAAAACGCAAGAAAGAGAGGGAAAACAAAUCCAAACCCAAAGAGAUGACAGAAGAGGAGAUGAUGGACUUGGCUCUGCGUCUGAGUGAACAGGAAGCCAGCGUUACUGCGCUCAGACUGCAGCAAGAGGAAGAGGCCAUGAUGAAAGCCAUCCAAGAGAGUAUGGUCAGCCAGACACAACUGUGCCCGCAGAACUUGCUUGUCGAUGCUGAAGCUUCUCUCAGGAUCAACUCUCGACGGAAACUCUUGUACUCAAGCGUGAAGACGUCGUCUGUCGUCGAUCAAGGAACAUCAGACGAUGUCUGCACACCAGACAUUGACCUGGACAGAGGAGCAACAAGAACUGGAGAUGAAAGUAAUGACAGGAAUAAAAAGCGGAAAAGGAAAGAAGGAAGUCCUCUGCUGGAGAUGCCGGACCUGUCACAGACUCAGAAAAUCUACUCUCAGGCCUCACCCUGCAGCUCCGAGUGUGUCUUGGUGCCUCCGGACUCACCGCAGAGCUGUGACUCAACCCAGAUCGACGACUGUCAGCUCCGUAAGUCUCCCGUCUUCCCCUCCACUGGCUGCAAAGCUGAGGUUCUCAUCCCCCGGCUAAACCCGGACCUACUGGACACCUGCAAGACCUUGGGGUUUGUGUUGUGCUCUCAGGACAGUUUGACCUCGUCUCAAAAGUCUCCACCUGCUCAACCCAAGAGCCCAACAUUUCCCAAAAGUCCCAAAUGCUCCAGUAACCACACUUUGUCUAAGAGUCCCGUCUUCUCAGAGACUGAUCAGGGAGAUGAUGGAGAGACGCAGCUGAGUCCUGAGUAUUUUAAAAGUCCAGUAUUUGGCAAAAAUACUCAGCAUGAGAAGUCCUCAAGUGCCUGCAAAGCCCAAGACAGUGUCUGUAACUCAGGGUUCAUGUUCUCUUCUCAGGAGAGUUUAACCCCCUCUGUGAGGUCCACGUCCUGUCGGCCCAAGAGUCCAGUGUUCCCAAGAAGCACCGGCAAUUGCAAAAACCUCCCUCUCUCUGAAAAGUCAGCCACCUGCAACAGUCCUGUAUUCUCAGAGACUGACGUAGAACAGACUGAGCAGAGUAGUGACCGUUGUACAAGCCCCGUGUUCGACGGGACUCCACAACAACAACAACAACAACAACAACAACAAAAGAAUCAUCUUGAUGAGCAGCAACACUGUGUAAGUCCCUCAGCUGCAGGUCUCAGAGGUUCAGCCAGCAAAGUGAAUUCAACCACUACCAGUGAUUCUUCUCAGAGUCUGAGGCAGGACAGCAAGACUGCUCACAAUCAAGAUGUCGGGUUUACCAAGUCAUCUCAGUCAGAUGGUGCAGCAGAGCCAAAUGAAGAACACAAAGACACAAACUCAGCUGAGAUGGAGCUGACAAGCGAUAUGACGCUACACUGGUCAGAAGACGAUGAUGAUGUCACGCCGGUGGGCUCACCCAGCCCAGUCUUCCCAGAGGAAAGACCUGUUCAUCAGGCAGAGAGCCAGGCUGCCUCCCUGAACCAUGUGACUGCAGCUUCUCCAGGGAUUAACUGCAGACCUUCCUCCUCUUCCAUGUCUGCCCCGUCUGGGGAGCCUGCAGGCGGGUCAACGGUGCACUACUACUGGGGGGUUCCCUUCUGUCCACAAGGCCUGGACCCAGACAAAUACACACAGGUGAUCCUGGCUCAGAUGGAAGUGUAUGAGAAGAGUCUAAAGCAGGCUCAGAGGUGUCUGCUGAGGAAGGCUGAGUGGGGGGAGGCAAUCAUGCCACAGCCAGAGAAAUCUCCUUCACCUGAGUCGCCUGCUGAAGAAUCUCAACUCCUCAUUCCUCGAAGGCGAGGUCUCAAACUGAGAGGCAGAAAACUGUGUGAUGCAGCAGAUAGUCCUGCAGCUGAGGCAGAGGAAGAGGAAGAAGACAAGAAGGAUGGAGAGGAAGUGGAGGAAAGAGAGAGCAAAGAGGAAGAGCAGAAGGAGGAGAAGCGGGAAGAAGGACAAGUGGAUACCGAUGACUGUGAGGUUUGUCCAGAAACCCAACUGAGUGACAACGAUGAUGACAGGACGCAAGAUCUGAUGAUAGACACGGACACUGGAGCAAAGUUGGGAUUUCAGUCUGACUGUAAAAAGAGUCCAGAGCUGCCGGAGGUCGAGAUGAUUCUUCAAGAUGAUUCUCCAGCCGGGAAUCAGCUGCAGGAGGAGGAGAUGGAGGUGGAGGUGGAGGUGGAUGCCCCAGAGGACAGAAAGAUGAAAGGAAACAUCCCCGUUAGCAGCAGCGAUGCUGGAGAGCAACAUGCUACAAAAGAGGAGGUCGAGGAGGAGGAUCUAGACGUGGAGGAGAUAAAGGAUCGGGUGCUUCCAAGGUCGACUUCUCCUGAACUGGAACCAGCCACUGUCCCUCAGAGCCCUGAAGCCAAAGUGGACUGUCCCAUCUGUCAGGGGUCCUUCCCUGUGACGGAGAUCGAGAUGCACGCUGCGUACUGCGAUGGCGAGGUGGCCGUUGUUGAUGAGAGGAGGCCUGAGAACAACUGCUUCCAAGCGUCACUGAAGCCUCGUAGGAAGAGAACAAGGAGAGCAGAGGCGACCGCUGAAGAGACUGAAGAACCCCCCAACACUGGCAAGAACCCGGAGAAAUGUUACAUCUGUCAGAAAGCUGUUCCUCUGAGAGAGUACAGCCGCCACACAGAGCUCUGCAUCCAGCGGCGGGCAUCAAAGACUGCAGCAAGGGGAAAUCUGCUGUCGGCUCUGGAGCAAACUGAGAGCAGAGAUUCAGAGGCCGGGCCGUCUGGAUCCAAACUCCAACCAGGAGAUGUCAUUGAUCUGCGGGAUGAUGAUGAUGAUGAAGAGGAGGACAAGACGGAGGAGGGCGGGGUUUCAGCGUUCAGGAUCAGUAACUCUCCCAUAAGAUCCUUUACUCCGAUCUCGGAGGCCACUGACUGCCUUAUUGACUUCAAAAAACAGCAGCGAGUCAAGAAGCUGCGCCAAAGACGAAGAUGAGGAUGACCUCCCGCAGACUGGUGGUGCUGACUGAAAAUACUGGAAACCAGAGCCUUAACUAAAGACCCACUGAAUCAUCAGGUUGAAGGUGACAUUACAUUUAGAAAAGACUUGUUUUAAACUCAACAGCACCUUCCUGAUGUCAUAUUUAUGCAGGUCACAUUUACAAAUGGAGCACUUGAAUGUUCAUUCUGACUGUUUUUGUGUCACUAAAUGUUAGUUUGUUUAUGUUGAUGUUUCAGACUACCUCUUUAUGUAUUGAAACGUUUGCUUUUUGUUACUUUGUUUUAAUGUCUGUCGAACAGUAUGAUUACAACACCGUGUCAACAAACAACAUUUUACUGGCCUUUAACUUGAAAUAAGAGAAGUCAAGGUAUUGUUUGUAUUCAUGCUCACAGUGAGUCACUCUGCUCACCACCUAGGUCUGAAAUAUUUCAACAACUUUUGGAUGGAUUGCAAAGAAAUCUUGUAAAAACAUUCAUGUCCUCCACAAGAUCAAUUCUACUGACUUCGGUGAUUGUCUGAUGUUUCAUCUCGUGCCCCCUGCAGAAGUCCAACAACAGCAACAUUCUGCACAUUAGCAUGCAAGUGUUAGCAUGUGUUACAUGAGGCAUGCUAGCAGUAACAGUUAGUUUCAUUAUUAUGUCAUCUGCUGAAAAAAGUUGUCAUUUCCUAGAAGCCUAAGUGACAUUUCAAAACCCACUUUUACCCAACAAGUCCCCAACCCAAAGAUUAAUAAAACAUAACAAUCAUAUGACGAAGAACAGCAGAAAACUCUCACAUUUGAGUAUCUAGAACCAAUGAAAGUGUCACAUCUUUGCUUAAAAAAUUACAAGCAAUUAUAAAAAGAAGUACCAACCGAUUUUCUGCUAGUAAUCUGAUUAUUUAGCUGACAAAUUGUUUCAGCUUUAUAAAUGAGCAGGACACAGCUGCGCAGGUUGUAUGUCCGUUUACAGAAAUGAUUUCAUCAGUUGACAUCAGACUGAAUUAAAUCUGAUAUCAGGCUAGCUAAAUGUAAGCAUGCUAACAUACAAAAGUCAGAUCUUCACACACCUUAACAUGUUACCUGUAGCUGUGAUAGCAUGUGUUAGCUAACAUGCCACCAUUAAGUAUUCAACUCAAAGCACAGCUGACAAACUGAUCCCAAAAUGGCCACCGUGACAACAUGGCCUUUCUUCUGGCCCCACCCUUUGGACAAACAUUACAUUUUUUCUGCCAUACAGUUUUUAGUUUUUGGUCUGCUUGUGAGCUUUUAAAAACUACAAUUAGAUUCCCAUAUUACUAAGAUCAAACGCGAACAACAGUGGAAAGAUGGAGAGCCCACAAAGUGCUGACAGUAUCCUGUUGAGAAGAAAUGACAUCGGUCUGUUCUCUGUUCAGUGCACAGCUCUAGUUGGAUCAGAGAAAAAUCUAAAAGCUUAAAAUGUAAAAUCUUAAGAUCUGAUACAGUCACAAUGUCCAUUUUCAUCCUUUGUCUUGUUUCCUGUCAAAAGCUAAUCUUUAUUAAGACAUUAAACAGGACUGAAAACUAUUUCCUGAAAGACCCUACGUCACCUGUUCUCACUCUGACUCCAGCCAGUAGGAUAUUGAAGGAAGUGCAGUGCAGUGAAGGUCUGAAAACACUUUCUCCUUUAAGAUCAGACACAGAUUUGUCCCACUGAAAUGUUUUUGGGGAAUCAGUUUCUAACUGCGACGAUCAAAUUUGCUCUUGAGCAGCUCAAAAAUGUUAAAUAAUUUUGUGUCAGUUUAGAUCAGCUUUCUUUCUCUUGUGGACCGUUCUUAUCACCCAAAAGUAUUUCCUGCAAAGUUGAUAGAGAUACAAUUGACUUACUGUUGUAUCAGAAUGUUGGCCUUGGAUAUUGUAUCAGCACUUCAGAAUUAAAUUUGCAAGUUGUUUGACUUGGUGUGACAAAGCAGAAGUAAACUGACUGUAACACACUGAACACAUAGAUACAAGAUAUACAGGUGAUGUGGCAUGAUAUGUUUGCAACAGGUGAAACAAUUCUCUUUUUUUAAAAUUCGUCCUUGACAAAAUCUUUUUUCAAACAGAUGCAGUGUUCGUCGAAUCCUUUGUGUCAGUGUGUGACGGGCUGCCAUCGUUACAUUUUAUUUGUAUUUCCUGUGAGGGUUUGAUGCAACGCAGCAACGUGGAGACUGUUUUGUAAGACUCUGUCACAAUGUUCAGUUGCACCAACUGGGCUAAGUUUAGGAGGCAAAAACUAUUACUUAAGUUCAAGUGAAAGGUGAAAACAUGUGAAGUAAAAACUGUAUUUCUACAUAACAAGGCCAAAAGUACAUGCACACUGUAUGUGCAAGUUAAACAUGUCACUCUGACACCAUGGGCAUUAAUGUGCUGCUGUAACAUCAGUGGCGGAGGAAGUAUUCAGAUCCUUAAGUAAUACAAAACUAAAAAUUACUCAUGCAUUAACGUAAAGGCAGGAUUUUACUGUUGUAGCUGGCUGAAGUGGAGCUGAUUUUGAAGUAUUAACUUGUGAUUACUUUGAUUUUAUAUUAAUCUGCUGAUUGUUUUAUACAUUAAUUGAAUGUUUGGUUUGUAAAAACUCACAAAAUAGUGAGACAUGUUGUCACCCAGAGCCCAAAGUGACACCUUCACAAAGUUGUUGUCGGAGCACCAGACCAUACCUCAAAAUUAUUAAAGAUAAAUUGAAAUUAUUAAAUUGAUGGACAC